AGCCAAGGCUCUAUAAUGUCACUAAUCAAUUUGAUGAGAAUUUGACGACCUUUGUUGAUCAAACCAAGGCCGGUGCAACUGGUGGCACUCAAGGUAUUCUUCAAACAUAUUUUAUUCACGGCAAUGAUAUUUCUCCAAUCAAUACGAUGUGGUACCAAUAUGCUGAUAUUAAGAUCAUUGAUGAACUUACUUCAAAUACUACUUCUAAGACUUCUAGAGCAGUUUCUAUUAAUGCACCGCACGUCGGGGUUCUCUUUUUACAACCUAUUUCU